AUGUCUGAGCAAGCGAGUUCUCCAUUCUAUUUCCAAUUUAUUUCCGGCAACAGCCGCGUUCACAAUGGCCAUACGUUUUGUAGUUCCACGGGUGAACAUAGCCCUGCUCGCCUAGAUCAGCCAGUCGACGAUAUCCUUUUCGAAUCGUUAUGGUUCGACCAAAUUCAUGCCCGUCGACAAAACCUUCAGUCCCCCAGCCCAGAUACUUGUAGUUGGAUUCUGGAUACUCAUGAAUAUAAGGCUUGGGUUAACCCAUAUGAAAUCAGCCACCACCAUGGAUUACUCUGGAUCAAAGGAAAGCCAGGUGUAGGGAAAUCUAUACUUAUGAAUUAUCUCCUGGGAGAGUCGGCGGUUAAGAUGCCUGGUUUCGACAUCAUUUCAUUCUUUUUCAAUGCGAGAGGACACGAACUCGAACGGACAGUGAAGGGGUUAUAUCAAGCCCUUCUAUCGCAAAUCAUGAAGACCUUCCCAGACACUAAGAGAGUCUUCGCUGAACUCGGAUUCACUAACCCCGCCCCGGUCAAACAAAAUGGCUGGCAGGAACAGAGUCUAAAAAACUUGAUUUCAUAUGCCAUUAGAAUAUUGAAAGGUCGCAAACUCGUUUGUUACAUUGACGCGCUUGAUGAAUGUCCAGAAGAACAAGCGCGGAGCAUGGUCACGUUCUUCCAAGAGAUCAGUCGACUGGCCAUGAAACAAGGCGACCGCCUAAACGUAUGCUUUUCAAGCCGGCCUUAUCCAAAUAUAACAAUUAGAAAAGGGCUGACCUUGGUAAUUGACGGUCAAGACGGUCAUAUGAUCGAUAUCCAGCGUUAUAUCGACUCCACUCUUGUCGUUGAUUCUUCGCAAUCCGGCGAAGAUAUCAAAUCUCGGAUCCUCGAAAAGUCCUCAGGUGCCUUCCUUUGGGUAGCUCUGAUAAUUCCAAUGUUAAACAAAGCCUUUGAUUCGGGAAAGUCAAUUGCUUUAAAUAAACGACUUCAUGAACUACCAACCGAGCUCAGCCUCCUAUUCCACGAUAUGCUAAUGCGGGAUUCGGAAAAUUGCGAUUCCAUGUUACUCUGUAUCCAGCUCGUACUUCUUGCAAAUUGUCCAUUGAGCUUACAAGAACUUUACUGCGGCAUCAGAGCCGGCCUCAAUGACCCGGUCCCGCAUAGUUCUCUCCUAGAAUAUUAUACGAUGCGCCGGUAUAUUCUUAGCUCGUCAAAAGGUUUAGUUGAGGAGGUCUACGUUAAUUCUAAAUCUUCUAUGCAAUUCAUCCACGAAUCUGUUCGAGAGUUUUUUCUACUUGACAGUCAUAGGCUGCGAAGCGUAGUCCAACAAUAUUGGCCUCAUCUGAGUACGAACUUUAUAGGCAAGAGUCAAGAUGCGAUUAAAUGGGCUUGUUUUAACGAAAUAACGACCAGGGUGCCUGAUGUUGAUCCAAUGGAUAUUUACCAUUGGGAAGUGAGGGUUAAGGUAAUAGAAGCCUACCCAUUUCUUCACUAUGCUGUUUCCAACGUCCUCUUCCACUCCAACGAAGCGCAGUCUUAUGGAAUACAGCAGUCGGAUUGGAUCGAGCAAUUUCCGCUACCUACAUGGAUCAGGCUUCACAAUAUUUGGUCGGACGUUUUCAAAAUGCAUUGGCACGACCAUGCGGUUGCAGCCAAGUUGCCCGAGAUCUCGGCUUUCAAGUUUUCUUAG